CGCCGCUUCCGGCUGGGGACGUGGCUCGGCGCCGCCAUCUUGUGGGGCUGCCCGAGGGGACGCGGAGCGCCGAGGGAGCGAGCGCCGAGCCGAGCGCCGCCGCCAUGGUGCUGUUGGCGGCAGCUGUCUGCACAAAGGCAGGGAAGGCCAUCGUCUCCCGGCAGUUCGUGGAGAUGACCCGAACCCGCAUCGAGGGGCUGCUGGCAGCUUUCCCCAAGCUCAUGAACACUGGGAAGCAGCACACUUUUGUGGAAACGGAGAGUGUGCGCUACGUCUAUCAGCCGAUGGAGAAGCUCUACAUGGUGCUGAUCACCACGAAAAACAGCAACAUCCUGGAAGACCUGGAAACACUCCGACUCUUCUCUAGAGUGAUCCCUGAAUACUGUCGAGCUCUAGAGGAGAAUGAGAUCUCUGAGCACUGCUUUGACCUGAUUUUUGCCUUUGAUGAAAUUGUUGCCCUGGGCUACCGUGAGAAUGUGAACUUGGCGCAAAUUCGGACCUUCACAGAGAUGGACUCGCAUGAGGAAAAGGUGUUCCGAGCUGUCCGGGAGACUCAGGAACGUGAAGCAAAAGCGGAGAUGCGUCGUAAGGCGAAGGAGCUGCAGCAGGCCAGGAGGGACGCGGAGAGGCUGGGCAAGAAGGCGCCCGGCUUCGGUGGCUUCGGCAGCUCGGCUGUGUCUGGGGGCACAACGGCAGCAAUGAUCACAGAGACCAUCAUUGAAACAGAGAAGCCCAAAGUGGCACCAGCGCCGUCCAGGCCGUCAGGUCCCAGUAAAGCUCUGAAACUUGGCGCCAAAGGGAAGGAGGUGGACAACUUUGUGGACAAGCUGAAAUCCGAGGGAGAAAACAUCAUGACUUCUGUAGGCAAACGCUCUACAGAAGCAGCCAAAGUUCUUGCACCACCCAUUAAUAUGGAGAGUGUGCAUAUGAAAAUAGAGGAGAAGAUUUCCUUGACUUGUGGCCGUGAUGGGGGCUUACAGAACAUGGAGCUGCAUGGCAUGAUCAUGCUGCACAUCUCUGAUGAAAAGUUUGCACGAAUUCGCCUGCAUGUAGAAAAUGAAGACAAGAGGGGAGUGCAAUUACAGACUCAUCCGAAUGUGGACAAGAAGCUGUUCACUGCAGAGUCACAGAUUGGUUUGAAGAACCCAGAGAAAUCGUUCCCUGUUAACAGUGACGUGGGUGUGCUGAAGUGGAGGUUGCAGACGACGGAGGAGUCCUUCAUUCCACUGACCAUUAACUGCUGGCCAUCGGAAAGUGGGAACAGCUGCGAUGUUAACAUUGAAUACGAGUUGCAGGAGGAGAGCCUAGAGCUGAACGACGUGGUCAUCAUGAUCCCUCUACCGUCUGGAGUUGGUGCCCCGGUGAUCGGGGAGAUCGAUGGCGAAUAUCGCCACGACAGCCGGAGGAAUCUCCUGGAGUGGUGCCUGCCAGUGAUAGAUGCCAAAAACAAGAGUGGCAGCCUGGAGUUCAGCAUAGCAGGGCAGCCAAAUGACUUCUUUCCAGUACAGGUCUCCUUCAUCUCCAAAAAGAACUAUUGCAACAUACAGGUUACCAAAGUGACCCAGGUGGAUGGAAACAGCCCUGUAAGGUUUUCUACUGAAACCACCUUCCUGGUGGACAAGUACGAAAUCCUGUAAUGCCAGCUGUGGGGAAUUGCAAAGGAAAUUUUUAAAUUAAAAAAAAAAAAAAAGAGGCCGAAGUUUAUUCAGAAUGUUUGGAACACCACAGCCCUCUGCUGAGACACAAGGCUCUGUGUGCCAUCUGCAGUGUCCUGGGUCACAGACUUUUUUGGCAGAGAAUUGAACGUGUUCAUGGGGGGGAAAGGCUACGAAUUUCUUUGGCAGAUUUUUACUGGCUAGCAGGAGAACAAGAUCUCUGCACAGAACCUGGCUUUGACGCUUCCCCAUUUCCCAUGAAGAUGACUGGAGCUCAGUCCCAGAGCCUACUUAGACAUCACACCCGCCCGUUUUUAAUUAUCAAACACUGUUCCGUUGUUGGUGCUGCCAUUUUAAUUUCUCCUCAGCCUUCAACUCUUGCUUCUGGUGAUGAAAACAAGCAUUAAGGUAAUGCACUCAGUGAUGCAGUGCUUCUCUGGACCCUUCCAUCUGGAAAGAAGUGGACUCGCUGCUCAGACCCGUUUGCAUUGUUCCCUGCUGUGCGGCAGUGAGUUUCAGCCCCAAAUCUGCAGGAGUCCUUUGGGCCUCUCCUGGUGUUGGUUUAGGUGGCACAGGCCGUGGCUCUGAGCGCUCCGAUCUGCCCUGCGGGGAGAACAGCGCCCAGGGUGGCUGCCCCGAGGUUUGCCGUGUUGCAGAAACUCCCUGGCCAAGGCUCACGUCCUGGCUCAGGCUGAGGCAGCACCUUGGUAGGCUGAGCUGCUCUACCUGGCAGGGUGCUGGUGUGCACAGAGCCUGCUUUGCUUCACCUGCGCGCAGUGGGAGCGGGGUUGGGACCUGGCACAAACUGUGCUUUCUUGGUGCUUAGGAGCAGAGGCGAGGGAAGUGGUUUCCUGAAAGCCUGCUGGGUUGGUCUGAGCACGAGCAGCACCCAGAGCUGUUCCUCCUCUGCCUGCGUGGCAGCGCUUCGUCCCCCAGAGCUGUGCUCCCCCACGUCCAUCCCAGCCGCCUGCUCUGGGGCAGUCACCAACUGCGCUCUGCAGGGCAGCUCCCCAGCUGCUGUGUGGGACGGGCUGCUGGGCUGAGCGUGGAGGUGAAGUGCGAGGGGUGUCCUGUCCUCACAAGUCCUGAACCCACGCGCUGUGCCCCAGAGAUGCAGUGAGAUGUGUUGGUUCCCAUCGGGUCCUCUGCCAAAGAAGUUAGCGGUCUCUCCUCUGUUAACAGCGCCAGUGAGGAAAUAAAUGAUCCUUUCCCUGGGGGGUGAUGUGUUCUGGGGGAGGGAAAGCAAACCCUGUUCUGUAGUGAAGUAGACGAUGAAUCUUAUUAAUUCAGUUGUGUUCAGGAGUUGCUUGUCUGUACGAUUUUAAAAUGGAGUCGAGUUUAGUUCAAACAUCAAAGGAGCAUUUUUAUUAAAUUUGUCAGAGGGUAAUAUUUAAAAA